UUUUGUUAUGUCUGCUCGUUUUGUUGUGACAGAACGCAACAAAAGUGUGAAGUACUGAACGAGCGAGGAAACUGCAUUCGGGUGUUGUGAAAUUUCUGAAGAAUCUGAACGAUAAUAAAUUUUGUAAACGUUAGCCACCCCUUUGCCAUGCCUGUGCUGCCCAGGCCGCUGGACGAGGGCGAGGCGGAGAACGUGCGCGUGGUGGUGCGCGUGCGGCCAAUGAGCGAGAAGGAGGCGGAGGCCGGCUGCCGGCGAAUCACCAGCGUCGACACGGUCCACAGCUGCAUCUCCGUGGAGAACCCCCACGCGGCAGAGGGCGAGCCGCCCAAGACCUUCACCUUCGACUCCGUCUUCGACUGCGACUCUCGCCAGAUGGACCUGUACAACGAGAUAGCCCGCCCCAUCGUGGACAAGGUGCUGAUGGGCUACAACGGCACCAUCCUGGCGUACGGCCAGACGGGCACGGGCAAGACCCACACCAUGGCCGGGGACUGCUCCGCGCCGGAGCUCAAGGGCAUCAUCCCCAACUCCUUCGCCCACAUCUUCGGCCACAUCGCCAAGGCGGCGGAGAGAACCAAGUUCCUGGUGCGCGUGGCCCACAUCGAGGUCUACAACGAGGAGGUGCGCGACCUGCUGGGCAAGGACCAGAAGCUGCGGCUGGAGGUGAAGGAGCGGCCGGACAUCGGCGUCUACAUCAAGGACCUGUCGGGCUACGUGGUCAACAACGCCGACGACAUGGAGCGCAUCAUGACGCUCGGCAACAAGAACAGGAUGGUGGGCGCGACGGCAAUGAACGCCACCAGCUCCCGCUCGCACGCCAUCUUCACCAUCACCAUCGAGAACGCCAUGGCGGGGGAGGACGGGAAGCAGCACAUCAAGAUGGGCAAGCUGCACCUGGUGGACCUGGCGGGCUCGGAGCGCCAGAGCAAGACCGGGGCGACGGGCGUGCGCCUCAAGGAAGCCACCAAGAUCAACCUGUCCCUCUCGACGCUGGGCAACGUCAUCUCCGCCCUCGUGGACGGGAAGAGCACCCACAUCCCCUACCGCAACUCGAAGCUCACCCGCCUGCUGCAGGACUCCCUCGGGGGGAACUCCAAGACGGUCAUGUGUGCCAACAUCGGGCCCGCGGACUACAACUACGACGAGACGAUCAGCACCCUGCGCUACGCCAACCGCGCCAAGAACAUCACGAACAGGGCGCGUGUCAACGAGGACCCGAAGGACGCGCUGCUGCGCCAGUUCCAGUCGGAGAUCGAGGACCUGCGCAGACAGCUGGAGGACGCAGGACUCUCCGCGCACGGCAACGACGACGGGAGCGAGCCUGAACUCAGCGACUCGGAGGACGUAGAGGAGGAGGCGGCGAAAGGCAGGAAGAGGAAGACGCGAAGGAAGUCCAGCCAAGGAGAAAGUGGAGACGCACAGGUGCCCGAGGCGAAGGAGGACUCUGAUGAAGUGCAGGAGGAGGAAGAACUGAAGGAACUGGAAGAUCAGGAGAGGAAUGAAGUGGAGUUGAAGAAAACUUUGACGGAGCACGAGGAGCUGCGGGAGAAGCUCCAGACGCUGGAGAGGAAGAUCCUGGUGGGCGGGGAGAACCUGCUGGAGAAGGCCCAGGUGCAGGAGCAGCUGCUGGAGGCGUCGGCGCGCGAGCUGGAGCAGCGCAAGCGCAAGGAGGAGCAGCUGCGCGAGGCGCUGCAGGCCAAGGAGGCGGAGCUGGUGGACAUCGAGGAGAAGUACUCGACGCUGCAGGACGAGGCGACGGGCAAGACCAAGAAGCUGAAGAAGGUGUUCGGGCUGCUGAUGUCGGCCAAGGCGGAGCUGAACGACCUGCAGCACGAGCAGCAGCGCGAGAUGGAGGGCAUGCUGGACUCUGUGCGCAGCCUGUCCCGCGAGCUGCGGCUGCAGGAGACCAUCAUCGAGGCCUUCAUCCCCCAGCGCUACCAGGCGAUGAUCGACAACUACAUGCACUGGAACGAGGACAUCGGCGAGUGGCAGCUCAAGUGCGUGGCCUACACCGGCAACAACAUGCGCAAGCAGCUGUCCCUGCACUCGGCGGGCCCCGGCCACGAGUACCACCCGCCAGACCUAUCGCAGGUGUACCUGUCGUAUGCGUCGGAGCGUCCCGUGACCGCCCGCUGCGGCCGUCGCAAGUCUGCCGAGCCCAGCGCCCGCCCCUCCUCCUAUCGCUGAGACUCGCUCGGCAUCGCUGCUGCCUGGACACUGCAUCGCCGGACCGGACAUUAGUACUAUGCAGCAAGGAAUUGAUGUUUACUAUGUUACAAAUUUUAACUCAUUUCAGUGAUUAAGAAUUUCAAUGUUAUUACUUGAGCCAAGAUUGUAUGAUUAGUAGAGACAUGCAAAA